UGUUAGGAACUAUCGGGCAAUUCAUGCAAGGUUAACGCGAUUACUGUCUCUUCGCUUUCGUGGCUCAAAUCCAAGACUUUGAAUUUCCUGGAAGCGGUGCCUGCACAAACCAAUGACAAGCAACGUAGGGCGUAGACUUGUGACAUAAUUCUAUCGUUGUGCUGCAAAUGAUUUGAGAGGAGUGGUUCGAGUUGUCGUUGUUAUAAGUCGAGGGUGGUGAUGCUCUUUCUCUUCGAGAUCCAUAUCUGCAUUUUUGCUUCGCGUACAUUUCAAAGGGGUAAAAAAGAAAAUAAAAAUAUGACUGCUCACAUAGUUCCGCUCGUUUCUGAAAGCCUCGUCGGCCUGCAGACCUGGGUGCGUCAACAGGAGCAUGGCCUUGCCGCGGGAACCUUGUCCCGGCAGCAAAGCAGCAUUCCUGGACCAUCCCAGCAGCUUCCUGGCUCUAUCGGUGGUCCUCUCAACUGGUCUAGACUCGACUCAGUGGACAAAAAGGUAAAGCGCCUAGAGUUAACUGCCUCCGACAUUUCCGAGAUAGACCGGGCGUUAGAGGCGUUCAAUGGAUUAGAAUUAGACGGAGAUGAGGUAACACGAGAGCGGUUCCCUCUCCCAAACCUCGAAAGUCAACUUGAACAGUGUGCUCUCGAGGUUCACCGCGGCAUUGGGCUCUGCAUUAUUCGGGGGCUGAAGCCGGAGAGAUACUCCGUCGAGGAUAACAUCGUCCUUUUUCUUGGGUUAUCUUCUUUUAUCGGUGACCAAAGGGGUCUCCAGAACUCCAAAGGUGAUAUGUUAUCACAUGUUACCGAGUCUAAAUCGUGGACCGCCCCUAAGGAGAAACGCCACGGGAUACACACCAACGACAGUUUACCUUUCCAUAAUGAUAUGGGAUGCGAGGUCCUAGCAAUUCAAGUCCGCGACCGAGCUGAAGCGGGCGGCCACACCUGCGUGGCGUCUAUGACCGCUAUCUAUAACGCCCUAAUGCAAUCAAACCCGUGGGUACUGCAUACUCUAGCUAGGCAUGACUGGCCGAUUCAGACCUCGCGAAGAGCAGCCUCUUUCGUCCUAUCCCCCCUUCUAGAAUAUUAUGCCGAUAACCUGUUAAUUUCGAUGGAUCCCGCUCGCAUCGGACCCCACCCCUUAGCUCGAAACGGAUCGGUUCCGCAACUCACGGCAGAGCAGCGGGAAGCUCUCGCCGUGCUCCAGGAUGUAGCUCGCAAGAAUCAGCUACGGCUUGAGACUCAGCCCGGGGAUAUCAUUUUCCUCAACAACUUAGGUCUUCUACAUGCUCGUGAGUCGUAUCAGGACAGCGCGUCUUCUUCGAGACAUCUAGUACGGCUUUGGCUUCGAAACAAACGGCUGGGAUGGGCAAUCCCCCCUUCGAUGAGAAUGCCUUGGGAAGCGUCCUUCGGGGAUGGAGCUGCAAGGGUGGUCAACAGGUACUAUCCUAUUAUGCCAAUGCCCGAGUACAUGGAAUGCAAGUAUUCAAACGGCACGGCAGCGUUCGUUGCCGAUGACGACGAAGGCGAUGAGGUCAUCCCGAAGACCAUAGAGGAUGGCACUAGUUUGGAGCGUCGAGGAGAUACUUAGCUGGGAGCUUUCUUCUACCAAAUUGACAUUUUAGGACAGUAAAUUAUUUAG